AUGAAUUUUCCUCUAUUUGAACAUGCCAUAUUCAUUACCAAAGGAAUUCAGGAUCUGAGCAUCGAUUCCACAAGCUUUCCUGACCUUGGCAUCGUCUUCAAGCUCUCUAAAAAUAGCAAAAAAAAACACUUCCUUCCUACCAAUGGGUUUCAUAGAUGCUCGAAGAAUCAACUGGCAGACACCAUCACGUAUAUUGAAAAAUUCAAGUUCAUUGCUGACGAAUGGAUCUCGACACCUAUGAAGAUUAAUGGAAGUGAACACCUGAUUGCGGAGUUGCAAAGAGUUCAAAUAGAGAAAAGAUAUGGAAUAUGUGCUUAUCUAAAAGACUUGAGUGCAGACCUGGAUACCGAAGAUAAAGAUGCGAUGAGUUUAAGCCUUUUGUCUUUUGUGGAUACCGCAGUGUCAGUAAAGUCAUCUCUCGCAGUCGGCCAUCUCUGUUCAAUCAUUCACAAUCCCUGCUCACUUGACUCAGCAACUAUAAGUCUAAAACCGAAAACUCUACAAGUCUUUAUCAGAGAUGUUGAAGCUGAUGGAUGGGAACGUUAUAACUUCUCAAUCAUAUGUGAAUCAUGUCUAGGUGACAAUCCUUACAUUCAAAUGAAAAGAUGAAGAAAUAAGCCUCAUAGGUGAUGGCAUUAAGAAGGAUGACUUUGGAGAGUGGUUUUGGAUGUCACAUGAACAAGCGAUUGACCACAUAGGGGGGAGAGAGAAAAUGAAAGUGGCUCUAUCAAGUACUAGUGCAGGGACUGAAACUUUAAAUUGACAAAAAAAGUUCAAUUCAUUUAGCUUAUUAAUUUGUACGUAG